GAAUUCAACACAGAUCUUGAACUUACUCUUUGCAACACUGGGUUUCUCGCGUAGUCGCGUAGAGGCUGUCUGGGUCACUUCACAGCUUCAGUUGAUCCUGAGCAGAUGAUUUGGGCAACCUGGUCUUUCAUACGCUAUUAUGUAAUCAUGAAUAGGAAUUGAGGACUAUGGGUGACGCAAGUAGUUGCCCGGUAACGGUGCAGGCAAGGCGACAAACGUACAUAGCUGUCGCGGUGCUCUGCUGCCUUGUAAGCUAUGUAGGUGCACGACACACAGCCGCGCAGCUCGCGGAGGCUCAUUUCCUGCGGUAUGGUGUUCGGCUGCCAACCCCUGACUUCCUUGGAGCCCUUUCCAAGGCGUCAAUAGACAUCCGCCACCUCUCGUGUCGCAAGAGCCUGGUGCUGUUGGGCAUGGCGAACGAGGAGGCCCUCAACCACACGGUGCCGCUCUUCCUCACAAGCCUCAGGCGCAUUCAAGUAAUCGGAGGGCGCCAUAGAGGGCGCACGCUUGACCAGCAUCUGGUGCUAGUCGCAUGGUCGGAGGCGGCAAUGGCCGCCUGCAAAGCACUCAACGGCCAGUUUGACCACAAGUGUGUGCGUGACCCAGAGCACAAGGCCGCAACAGGGUCGUUCGGUUUCCACAGUGAAGGUUUCAACGCACUAGGGUUUGCCAAGAUUAAGUACAUCCUGAACGGGCUGUCGGCUGGGCACGACGUGGUGUUCUUGGACACGGACAUCAUCGUGCUGCAGGACCCGCUGCCGUACUUCCUGGGGCGAGGGGCGGACAUGUGGGCCGCUCAGGAGAAAUGUGUCGUGUGGAACGACACGCUGAGCCUGGCGUCCUUACCCAAGGAUGUUGAGAUCGAGCCGACAAAGCUGCCGGCGCUAAAUAUCGGUGUGCUGCACUUCAAAGCAACGGCCGGUGUCACGCGCUGCGUGUACUCCUGGAUAUCGGAUAUGUACUUCCAAGUGGAGUAUCGACCGCUCGUGUGGGACCAGGAUAUUUACGGCAAGCUCAUCAUGCGCUGUGCACGGCAACACCACCUGCGAUGGCAGGCAUUAGACCCCCGGCUGUUCCAAUCAGCCUGCUUCCCCAAGUGCGGCUGCACCUUCGCUGACGCGGUCGCACAGGAGCCGCACCGGCUAGGGCAAAGCAGCAAGGGCCUCAGCUUUGUGGGCGACAAUGAGUGCGAGCCACGGCACUGGCUAGGUGGGGACGAAGGCAGGGGAUCCCGGAAAGGGGGUGGGCAUGUGUUUGAGGAUGAGAUAGAUGGGAAGGAGGAUUCGGUAGAUGCGGGGAGCCCCGAAGGGGCAUCGCCCACAUCGCCGUGGCUGCUGCGCCAUUUCGCAUGCACCGGUGCUACAGCAACCAAGGCAAAGUUCAUGAAGAGCAUGCUCGAAGGCGUGCUUAACCACACGAAUGCGAAGAUCACCAGGAAUGUGAAGGGGCGCCGGUUGCACCAGCGGACACUGUGAUACUUUCAGCAAGUUUUGCAGGCAGGAGUUUUGCAUGUACCGGGGGUGAACUGGUGAAACAAGAAGACCUGGUCGAGUGAUGUUUUUUUACGUUUGGUUGGUUCGCAUGUGCUACAAUGACAGGUUAGUGGAAAGCACUGUGCCUGGCGGUGGAGGGGCGUGCGGUCGCGCUGUGCGCAGGUCGUAACUCAUCCGUGUGCCCAGAGUAGCGUGUGAAAUAACAGCGGGGAACGAAGAUUUACAGCAGUGUUUGAGUGACAGGUAGGUGAAAGCUAUUUGAGAGACGCGUGUAUCGCUGCGAGGGUAUAGUAUAGCGUGAAACCAAUAGCAUGUAUGCGGAAUUGCGGAGGUACCUGACUGCGUGCCAAGUGGGCGGGAGCGUGGGCGGGAGCGCGAGCUGCUGGCGUUGCCCAUGAGCGUCAUAUUAUG